GCCAAGUAGGCGACGUCUGAUAAUAACCUAACGCCCCCGUGCCGGUUUGUAGGUUGAAAGUUAUUUUUUAUUGGGAUUUUGUACGAAUAAGUCGUCACGACUGGGCAGGAAACGGGCGAAACGGGAUACCGCGAUUAGAGACCGUGAUCGAGACCCAGAGGCACUACCCAGAUGGCAUCACCACCCACAAUCAUCCAGCUGCUGCGCAGCGUUAGCUCGCCCCGCGUUCUCACAUCGAUCCGCCAGUACCAGAACCUCAGGUCAUUGGGUAAUCAACCUCAUCGCGGUGCCAUCUCGCCAACUGGUGUUGCAAUGUACCGUGCCGUACGCGGCUAUAGCAGCACAACUAACAAACAGGAAACUGCCGAAACUGGAACGGCCACUGGCAGUUCAGCUGCAGCCAGUAGUGGCGAUGAAUCCUUGCUCACAAAUACACCACUGCUAGCUAAGCUCUUCCCGCAAACAGCUCCCGAAAUGGACAGCGACAUGGCCAAGGAGCGUAAGCAGCGCGAGGAGGAGGAGGCCAAGGAGAACGAGCAUGCCUGGAAGCGUAUGAAGCUGGGCUUUGCCAUCUUCGGAGGCGGUGGCCUGGCUGCCGGCCUAUGGGCCAUUUAUGAAUUCGGAAAACCCGAGGUCGAUCCAAACGGACAGACCAUCGAGGACGAGUUCACACAGAAGCCGCUGCUGCAGCAAUAUUUACAGCGUAUGUGGAAGAGCAUUCACUACUACCAGAAAAUGAUCCAAGAACCGUCGCGCGACAAACUAUUGCCCGAUCCGCUCAAGCAUCCGUAUAUCCAGCCAAAGUAUACGCUAGUCCUCGAAAUGAAGGAUGUGCUGGUGCAUCCGGAUUGGACAUAUCAGACCGGUUGGCGUUUCAAGAAGCGUCCCGGCGUCGAUCACUUUCUGGCCGAGUGCGCCAAGGACUUUGAAAUCGUGGUCUUCACUGCCGAACAGGGCAUGACCGUGUUCCCAAUUUUGGAUGCCCUGGAUCCCAAUGGCUAUAUCAUGUACCGUCUGGUGCGUGAUGCAACGCAUUUUGUUGAUGGACAUCAUGUCAAGAACCUGGAUAAUCUGAACAGAGAUUUGAGAAAGGUCAUUGUUAUUGAUUGGGAUUCGAAUUCCACAAAGAUGCAUCCGGACAACACGUUUGGAAUCACACGCUGGCAUGGGAACGACGACGAUAGCCAGCUGCUGGACCUUAUUGCCUUCCUUAAGAUUAUUGCCCAGAAUAAUGUGGACGAUGUGCGUGAGGUGCUGCACUAUUACCGCCAGUUUGACGAUCCGGUUAACAAGUUCCGGGAGAACCAGCGCAAGCUGGCCGAACAAAUGCAGGAGGCGGAGCGCAUGGAGCAGACAAAGGCCAAGCCGAUGGUCAAGCAGUGGUCGCGCGGCAUACUGGGGCGUUAGUAGUUGAAUAUUAUGCCAAUAAUGCCAUACAUUAACACACACACACGAAAAUGAUUAAAAAAGAAAGAUCUAC